AUGAGACUGAGAGAGAAGCAGGCUGAAGGAAAACCCGAGCUGGGCAGAGAAAGCUGUUAUGGAGAGUUGAGGGAGCUUUUCAGAGACUGCAGAGAGAAGUUGAGAGUGCUCGGAGAUCAGUAUGAAUCUGAGUAUCGGUUGGAUCACCUUUCGUCUUAUCGCCUUAGGAGUCAGUUUAGGAGUCGGUUGAGUCUGGAGUCACAUUCUUGGAGGAGAGUUCGAGGACGAUUGAUCAGAGCAGAUUCAUAUCCGAGUUCAGAUAGUUCAGUUGAGAUGUCAGACGAGCUAGCUUCCACACUUGCUUCCAUUCAGGAGUUCAUGGCCGGAGUCAGUAGACGUUUGGAUCAGUUAGAGAGUUCUCGCCAGGAUCCUCAUCCGGCUGGCGUGGUCACUGACGAGACGAUUCCUCAUGCAUCUCAGACAGCACAGACUCGUCCACCUGGGGUUUCACUUGGUACUCCAUUCCAUCUGGUAGAUCAUUGUGAGACCAUUCCACCACCUACUGUCACAGUGCCGUCUCCCAUGGUUCCUACUAUUGGGGAUACUCGAUUGGCCGAGCAGGAGGCCAAGGUUGAGAGGCUCGAGUCCAUGAUGAGACAGAUCAGAUUGCAGGACGGAGGUUUGACUUGGGAUGACAGAGAUGGCAUACCGGCGGCUAGCUUGCCCGCCAAGUUCCGCAUGCCAGACAUUGAGCGCUACAGUGGGAUUGGUUGUCCCAAGAUCCACUUGAGAUUAUACAGCACUGUCAUGAGGGCGCACGGGAUAGAUGAUGCACAGCUGGUGGCCCUCUUUCCCAUGUCACUUAGUGGGGCAGCUCAGAGAUGGUUUGCUUCAGUUGAGCCUUCGAGACUUCGCACCUGGGAGGACGUGGCUCGUGAGUUCCUGACUCAGUUCGCUUUCAGUGCCGAUAUUGAUGUAUCCAGACGAGAGUUGGAGGCCACUAGACAGAGGCCAAAGGAGUCUAUUUCUUCCUUUGUCACUCGUUGGAGGGCAAAGGUGGCUGGUAUGGUAGACCGGCCUAAGGAGCAGGAUCAGAUUGAUAUGGUUCUUCGGAACCUACAGCCGAGGUUCGCUAGACGUCUGGUAGGCAUCCCAUUUCAGGAUCUUAGGAGUUUGGUUCAUGCUGCUUUCAGUGUAGAGGAGGCUAUGGCUCGAGGAUUAUGGACAGAUACUACUACUUCCCCUGACAGUAAGGGGAAGAGGCCGAUUGGAUCAUCUACCAGAUCUGGAGAGGUUGGUGCUAUUAGCUAUCGGCACCAGAGGCCCGCGCAUCACUCAGCUUAUAGGCCUCCUACAGUCAGAGCUCUUUUCUCUCUUCCACAGUGUCAGCAUCAGUUGGAUUAUGCUCAGGAGCCUUACAUUGCUCAGACUAGCAUGCAGCCGCGACCACCACAUCCGAGAGCCGCUACUCACCCACCGCCUAGACCAUAUACACAGAGGCCCCCGAGACAGUUCACUCCCUUGGGCAUGACUAUGACUAGAGCUUUUGAGAAGCUUAGAGACGCUGGAGUGAUUGUUCCUUUGGCACCGAGGCCUUUGCCCCAUCCUAUUCCUCCUCAUUUUCGUUCACAUGAGCACUGCUUGUAUCAUCAGAUUCCGGGGCACGAUACUGAGCAUUGUUCAGCACUCCAUCAUGCGAUACAGGAUUUGAUCGAUUCAGGGAUGGUUGACUUGGCUAAGCCAAGUGUGACCACCAAUCCCCUGCCUGCACAUUCUACACAUGCAGCUCCUCCUCCUCCUGGUCUUCAGUAG